AUGGCGCAAGGAAAUAAUUAUGGGCAAAGCAGCAACGGGGUGGCUGAUGAAUCCCCAAACAUGCUGGUAUACAGAAAGAUGGAAGACGUCAUAGCACGCAUGCAGGAUGAGAAAAAUGGGAUUCCUAUUCGUACAGUCAAAAGUUUUCUUUCCAAGAUUCCCAGUGUCUUUUCUGGUUCAGACAUUGUUCAGUGGUUAACGAAGAAUUUAGCUAUAGAAGACCCAGUGGAAGCUCUACAUUUGGGGACGUUAAUGGCCGCCCAUGGCUAUUUCUUUCCAAUCUCAGACCAUGUUCUAACACUAAAGGAUGAUGGCACCUUUUACCGGUUCCAAACACCCUAUUUUUGGCCAUCAAAUUGUUGGGAGCCGGAAAAUACAGACUAUGCGGUUUACCUCUGCAAGCGAACAAUGCAAAACAAAGCACGGCUUGAGCUAGCAGACUAUGAAGCAGAGAGUUUGGCCAGGCUACAGCGAUCAUUUGCCAGGAAGUGGGAGUUUAUUUUUAUGCAAGCUGAAGCACAAGCAAAAGUGGACAAGAAAAGAGACAAGAUAGAAAGGAAAAUCCUUGAUAGCCAGGAGCGAGCAUUUUGGGAUGUACACAGACCGGUGCCUGGAUGUGUAAACACUACUGAAGUGGAUAUAAAAAAGUCUUCAAGAAUGAAAAAUCCUCACAAAACAAGAAAGUCUGUCUAUGGAUUACAAAAUGACAUUCGAAGUCAUAGUCCUACCCACACACCAGUACCAGAAACCAAGCCACCCACAGAAGACGAAUUACACCAAGAGAUAAAAUAUUGGCAAAUACAGUUAGAUAGACAUCGAUUAAAAAUGUCAAAAGUUGCAGAGAGUCUGUUAGCUUACACAGAGCAGUAUGUGGAAUAUGAUCCAUUUCUUGUGUCGCCUGACCCCUCUAACCCUUGGCUAUCAGAUGACACUACAUUCUGGGAACUAGAGGUCUGCAAAGAGCCAGGGCAACAGAGGGUAAAGCGAUGGGGCUUUGGCAUGGAUGAAGCAUUGAAGGACACAGUGGGGAGAGAGCAGUUUCUCAAGUUCCUGGAGUCAGAGUUCAGCUCAGAAAACUUAAGGUUCUGGUUAGCAGUUGAAGAUUUGAAGAAGAGACCUAAUCGUGAAGUACCUGCUCGAGUCCAGGAAAUCUGGCAGGAGUUUCUUGCUCCAGGAGCUCCCAGUGCCAUCAAUCUUGAUUCAAAAAGUUAUGACAAAACCACACAGAAUGUGAAGGACCCAGGAAGAUACACAUUUGAAGAUGCUCAGGAGCACAUUUACAAACUGAUGAAAAGUGAUUCCUAUCCUCGUUUUAUACGAUCCAGUGCCUACCAGGAGCUGCUACAGGCCAAGAAAAAGUUGGAAAACACACUGGAUCGUCGAACAUCUUUUGAGAAAUUCACACGCAAUGUGGGCAGAAACAUCCCUAUUUUUCCAUGCCAUAAAAACUGUACACCAACACUGAGGGCGAGCACUAACCUGUUAUGA